AUGCCGCAAGACCGAUUGUGCGCCAACCUGGGCAUUGAUAACGCAGACUCUGUACCAUUCGUCUGCAUCGUAGCACCCCCAUUCGCCCUUCUGAUGGGGAUAAUCCAUGGCGGAGAGAGGGGGAUUCUCCUUGAUUCUUCCUGGCGAAACAAGAAUGCCCAUAAAGCACCACUCACCCUUCUCUGCACUCUGAGCAAGAAGCAUCGAAUGGUACCAAUUGCUGCUAUGGUAUCUGCUCAUGCAAACCACUCCACUUAUCACCUUUUCCUCCAUGAAGUGUCCACCGCAAUCCAGAACCUUGCACGACGAAUCGUGAACGGCACCCACACGUUCGAAUCGGAUCAGAUCACCAUGACAGAAGAAGACUUCAUCUCUCAUUGUCGAAUCAUAGCAGAGGAUGGAUUCUUCCCUCGAUUUGCCAUGAUUGAUGGUGAUGAUGCGGAACGGAUCGCUCUGGAACUUGAAUUCCCCCAUACAUCGAUUCGGAUGUGUCAAUUUCACCUAAUGCAGGCUUGUCGCUCCAGGGCAAAGCGAGAGCUCCAUCGUUUUGAAGACAGAGACAGACUCGCCGCUGGUUUCCUAUCCUGUGUUCGAUCAGCACAACGAUGUCCUUCUGAAGACCUCUGGCCAGUCUACAAAGAAAAGUUCCGCAAAGAUAUCGCCAACCUUGCUGAUCAAGAUGAAGACACCGUGUCUCGUUUGAUGGAAUAUAUGAACUCAGAAUGGUUCAGUGAGCGGUGGCGAGCUAAAGUCAUCGAUUAUGGUAUGCCAGCUUCAGUCACUCGUGAUGGACCUUGGUCUACCAACAAUUACGUUGAAGCAGCAUUUAGAACGUUUGAUAGAGUAUUUCUUAGCUGUAGAGCGAAUAAGAGACUCGAUCGUUUAAUUGCGAUAUUGAUCAAUUCGUACUUUCCCUUUUACGAGAAUGUGCCUCCAGCCGAUUCUCGGGCAGAUCCAGGAUUACAGAAACAGCUAUUCGAUGGCAUGUAUAUCUGGGAAAUCAAUCGGAUCAAACCUUGCGAAUCAAGUAGAGUACCACUGGCCGUUCGAUGCUCUUUUGAUGCUCCGUCAGAUUGUUAUAUAAUUGUAUGGUCUCCUAACCCUCGAGUCGAUAACGAAGUCCAUUUCUGUGGUAAACAGACAACCGAGAAGAGGAAUUUCUGCACCUGUUCCACCUGGCGUGAGACAGGUAAACGUUGUGCGCAUCUCUGGGCCGCCACAAUGUACGAGACCUGUGGUUCAUUGACGGAUUUCGAAUCGAAAACCUCGUCUAUCAAGGCCAAAUUACUGCGCCAUCCCGAAGAAUCUGGUGGUGGAUAUGUUCCUAUCGUUGGAGAUCGCGAAGAGCUCAACAGUUUCUGGAAGAAAGAUGUUCUCGAGUUUCCAACACUUCACGAUUUUGAUAUACAAGGCUUUUCCAUACCUGACGAAGACAAAUUGGUGAUUAAUCCAUCGGUUCGCCCUGAUAACGAUGAGUCGAAUGGCUUGAUCAAACGAUCAACAAAACGCCAAAGGUCAGUAUCUCCAGUGGGCAGAAGAUACCAAUCAGAACAUCGAGAGGUCACCACAUCCGCCAUCACCUUACAAGGGCGCCCCAAGAAAGUCGAACCGCUCCAUCCUUAUCGAUCAAAAGCUCGCAAGUUUACGCCUAGUACCCUUAGUAUCCCCCCUAAACAGUUGAAGAAAAUCAUAUAUCCUACUGGUACCAUCAAUACAGGGAACGACUGCUAUGCAAUUGCUCUCUUCCAGAUGCUGGCUCGGAAUUUGACCUGGACUCAAGCCUUUACGAAUUCGUUUGCUACAACAAAUCUAUCCAACGAGCCAACAGCUCUGCUCUUUGCAAAGUUCAUGGAUUCGAUUAAUGAGGAGGAGCCUACAGAAUUCCCUGACCUUGGAUCUAUAUUAGCGGCUGAUUCGCCUUCAGGUCAAGAAGAUCCUGUUGAAGUCUUCACCAAAUUGCUUGAUCUAUGGGAUAGUUGUCAAUCAGAACCUUGUUUUGACUCUCUGUUCUCCUUCGGACUUCAAAUGACCAAAUCAUGUGACGCUUGUUUCACAAUCGAUAAGGAUUCAUCUUAUAUCUACGUCGAUCGUAUCUUUCGAAUCAGCCCCAAAGAUAUCAUCAAUUCAACCGCAACCUCAUUUGAAGACAGUAUCUUCCAUAGCGGUAUCGGUUCCCAAUCGUCAAUGCCUGUCUGCUCAAAUCCUUUCUGUGCGAAAGAACUCAAGAUGCCUCAGAAGCUGCCAAUUGUGAUGUCAGGUAAUCUGCUAGGCGUUCAAAUCAAUUGGAAUCUACACAUAGAUGAUGAUCAGCCGACUGUGAAGAACUUAACUUUCCCAGAGAUGUUCUCUUCAAAUCGAAUACAUCUACUUAACAACUCCAAGGUGGACAAACAGAAUGUUUGGAGAUUAAAUGCAGUCAUAUGUCGGACCGGAUCACAGAUGGAUCACGGCCAUUAUCUUGUAAUCAUUAAGCACGGUAGUGAUUGGUUCAUCAUUGACGAUCAUCGGAGAUGGCGUGUUAAUUCCACAUCUUCACGAGAGGCCUUUGCAAGUGGUAGGUACCCAACAUUCCUGUUGUAUCAAUCCGAUUCAGGUAGUCAAACAAUCGAACAGCCCAAAGCAGAGGACAGGCUACAGUCAUCACGUUCGAAGAAAAGAAAAAUUGCACCGACAAACGAAACGAAUCUGUUCAGGCAGGAAUUUUCAGUUGACGAAGUAAUAGAUAGGUAUAAAUCCAUCCCAUGGAUGGACAAUAGCGAUGUCAACUUCCUCAUGUCAGAAUCCAUGCUCAAACGUGACGAAAAUACAUAUUUCUCGCUUUCGAAUGGGAUCUUCAAGCACAUCAACAGUUGGAUUCGGUCGCGCAAGACACCGACGAAUGGCUCCUCCUGUAGGUUGAAGCUCUUGAUGGGCACUCAGGAGAUGGAAUCCGACGACAUCAACCGAUUGUGUCAAGAGAGAUGGUGGUCAUCGAAUAUCAACGCCAUUGCUGUGCGAGCAGCACAGCUCUACACCAAUCGGUAUUUCCAACAUUCCGAACAACAGGACAGACCAGCUAUUCCAUUCGAUGUGAAGUUCGUCGAACAGUUGUUGCCGUGGUAUGAAAAGAAACCAGUAUUCAAACCAACUAGAGGUAUCCCGUUUCCACGACUGGGCAAAGACAGAAGCUGGAGAGAUCGUGUCACUAUAUCAAUAAUCAAUGUCGAAUGGCAGGCUCACUUUGCUACCGUUGUGAUCUUCGGUCCUCAAAAGCUGUUGAUACCGUUUGAUGGAGCAGGAGGAGCGUAUGAUAAUUCUCUAUUGAAAAAGAGAUGGACUUCCUUCUUGAACAAUCGACUUGAAUACGAAGAAACCCACGGUUGGGUCACUGCCGAGGAGAACAAAGGAUGGGUUUGUGCUAACAACACCGAUGAACUACGUUCUCGCCUGAAUUGGAUCAAGCAGGAAGAUGGCCAUAGCUGCGGACCUCUUGCGGUGUCUGCAGCUGUUGCAAUUGCUCAUGGCUUGCAACCUUCCAUCGAUUGUUUCGGAUUUUCAUCUCAUUGCCCCGAACCCACCGCACUAAGAGCCAUUCGAGACCUUUUGAUCGCAAUCAUGCUGAGUAAGAGCGAAGGAGCAGAUUGUGCGAAUGAUAGUAACACCUGGUAUCGUUGGCCUACGUGUCAAACAGAGCUCAGAGAGAUCUUUCAGCGACUGGAGAGAUGGGAUUGA